AUGUUUGCCCGUGUCACAUUUUAUCCAACUCUUUUAUACAAUGUAUUUAUGGAAAAGGUAACACAGCGCAACUGGUAUGAUCGAAUUGAUGAAAAUGUUAUAUUGGGAGCACUUCCUUUUAGGAAUAUAAGUCAAAAAUUAAUUGAUGAGGAAAAUGUCAGAUGUGUGAUAUCAAUGAAUGAAUCGUAUGAACUGGAACAUUUCACACCUCAACCAGAAGAAUGGAAAAAAAUGGGUGUAGAACAUUGUCAGCUGAGUACAAAAGAUAUUUUUGAGACUCCAUCACAUGAAAAAUUAGUUCAAGGCGUCUCAGUGAUGGAAUCAGUUUCAAAAGAUGGUAAAACUGUGUAUGUACAUUGCAAGGCAGGCCGUACUCGUAGUGCUACACUUGUGGGAUGUUAUUUGAUGUCUAAACAUAAUUGGACUCCUGAACAAGCAAUCGAAAAUAUUGUAUCCAAGCGACCUCAUAUUUGGUUAAGAAAUCAACAGUUAGAGAGUCUGAAAAAGUAUUAUGAUGCUGUGGUGAAAGAAAAAUUUAAUGCUUUCAAAAUGGAUAGUAAUUAA